GAGUUCUGGGCGGACCAAAGAAUUGUUAAUCUACAAUUUAUCUUACGAAGGCACACCCAUCGUUGCAUAACCUUCUUUAUUGGUGAACCUUGAUAUAAUAAUGCCCAUGAGUAAUGAAUUAUCAGCCCAUAGUGUCGGUUUGAACAUAUCUGGAUGGUUUCGGGCCAAGUUGAUGCGUAAAAUUCAGGCGCCAAAUUAACGACGUACGUACUGCAAAUAUGAAAUCUGUUUUAUGUAGAGUUUAAGAUGUACUCAAAGUUAUCCUAUAAUUAACUUUUAUUAUCAGCCAUGUUGCAAAUCUACAUUUCUCUGUCGAUAAUGUAGCACAAAAUCUCACCGAAAUACAUAUAUGUUGAGAAUAUGGGACGAAAAAAUGUAUCGCUAAAACUGCCUAGAUUAACGCGCAUGCGCAAACCCAUUGGAUGGACCGUGUCCAUGUGAGUGCUGUUGCAUCAUUGGCAGCUACGUUGGAUAGUCCGAUCCUUCCGUUUAGUGCGCCUUUGAUUCGGUAGUAAAAAGUUAUUUUUUGUGUGGGAUUUGAGAGGAAAUCGAACGGACAACGGUGUAAUCGAUAUGGAAACUACAUGUGGCUACUGUGGCGUACAAGCUAAAUUAAAAUGCGCUGGUUGUCAGCAAAUAUAUUACUGCAAUCCUGAUCAUCAGAAGAAACAUUGGCGAACCAAGCACAAGCAUGACUGCGGCAAACCAUAUGAGCUUACGAGGGAUGAUGAUGUUGGCCGACACAUUGCAGCAACAAAACCAAUUCAGAAGGACACCGUCCUCUUUUCGGAAAAUCCACUGGUGAUAGGCCCAAAAUGGAAUCUGGACGAAUAUGAGCAACGGUCCACUGUUGUACCUUGCGUUGGAUGUUUUGCUGACUGCAAUUUGGGACAAUUUUACUGCGAAUUUUGUCGGUGGCCAGCAUGUAAACCAAACUGUCCUGGAUUGAUAAACAGAAACUUGCAUGGUCUCGAGUGUGGCAUAUUACGAUUUGGUCGGCCCCCGAAACCGGGUGACGAUCCGGAAACGUUCUUUGACUACUAUCGAUACGACGCGCUCUUGGUGUUGAAAUGUUUGGCGUUACAAAUUUGCAAUCCGAGUUUAUUUGACCAAAUCAUCAACCUCGACAGCCAUUACGAUGCACGGAAAAACACCCGUUACUACGCCGAUGCUGACGAACGGAUCGUAUCCUACCUAUUCCGUAAUUUUCUCGAUCCGCUACAAGCGCUUGAGCGUAAGGAGGGUAAAGUUGUGCUAAAGGUAUGCGACCGGAAAACGUUACACAUGAUCAGCGGAAUAUUAGAGGUGAAUGCUAUGGUUAUUCCAUUGUCGAAUGGUAGAGAAAUUUGUGGCCUUUACCCAUUGGGUUGCAUGCUGGAGCACAACUGCAUGCCAAAUUCAUUUUACACAUUUGACUGCUCCAAAGGAAUGAAACUCACGUUCAAAUCAGGCCGAAACAUUCAAAAAGGGGAACAUCUAACGACCACCUACACACAUUCGUUGUGGGGAACGCAGCUUCGCAGGGAGCAUCUGAAGACGAACAAAUACUUUGCCUGCAAAUGUGACCGAUGCACGGACCCAACUGAGUUGGGCACAUUUUUCAGCGCGCUGCGCUGCAUGGGCAUAGAAAAUGAGCCAUGCGGCGGGUUUCAGGUUCCGAUUCAUCCGCUUAGCGAGACUAGCGAUUGGAAGUGUAAUCAAUGUCCGGUACAAGUAACAUACGAUCAGGUCAAUUUUUUAAUGUCCAAAAUUGGGGAAGAGGUUGAUGAUGUAAUGGGUCGUAAAUCUUCGGUAAAGGAAUUUGAGGAUCUCAUCCAUAAACUGGAAAAUUUUCUUCAUCCCAAUCAUUUUCACCUCCAAACACUGAAACAUUCGUUGAUACAAAUGUAUGGACAUUUUCCCGGUCAUCGUUUAAAUGAGCUUUCCGAUGCAGUUUUGCUUCGAAAAUUACAAAUGUGUCGAGAGAUGAUGUUGAUCAUCGAUGUGCUGGAUCCCGAUUCGUUUCGGUUGACCCUGUACGCUGGAGUUGUACUGUUAGAACAGCAAGCCGCUUUGGUUGAAUUGAACAAACGACACAAUCGCGCUGUAGAUUCCCAUCAAAAAUAUGACCUCGGUGAAGCUAUGCAGUGUCUUGUACGAGCUAAGACCAUUUUGCAAAACGAAAUGGGAACCUUGCAGGGCAAGAAACUAAUGGAACAGUUAGAAAGGGCGUUUGAAAAUGUUGGAUUGCAAACUGCCAACGCAUAAACGUAAUGUUUUAAAGCUUCUUUUUUAAUCGUUUGUUUUCAGCGAAUCAUUUAAACAAAUGUGUUAUCGUCAAUUCA